CUCGCCAAAUCCGCAGACGGGCGAGAAGACGACGGCCAGACGGACGUGGGUCGUCGGGCGGAGCGGUGAUGUUACCAGGAUUGGCGGUAGGUCAUCAGGAAGCGUCAGUGCGGGCGCCGUGUGUGCGACGUUGAGCGCUCGUCUGCACUGAUUAUAUCCUGCAAUGGUUUGCAACGGGAUAGCAAAGUCUGCCUGAAAUUGAGAGCUAGGCAAGAUGGAGACGGAUUCAUUAUUAGGGCCGAAGACCGGAUCGGCCUCUGGAUCUGACAGCUAUACCGAGUACGAGUCUACCCAACAUGCAGAAGACACAGAUGCGCCAUCUGACGGCAACCACGGAGUCAGUAUUAAUCAACAUGUGGCAAGGGACGAUCGUAUGACAACUGCUCAGAAGAAACUGCUGGCCUGCCUGGUGAUGGUGAGGAUCCUGAACGGCUCGCUGGUAGCCAUCAUGAUCCCAUUCUUCCCUGUUGAAGCCGCGUCAAGAGGUGUGUCUCAAACGGUCAUAAGCUCCCUAUUCACCGCCUUCGCGCUGGCGAAAAUGAUCAUGAGUCCUUUCAUUGGUCGGCUGGCGCCAUUGUUGGGAAUCAAAUGGCUCUACAACUUUGGCGUCGCAGCUUCCGGUCUUGCCACCAUCGUCUUCGGGACGCUCAAUUACAUCGCGGACACAUCUGCCUUCGUGGCGGCCUGCUUCUUGGUGAGGCUGAUGGAGGCGGCUGGUUCAGCGGCCACCGCCGUCUGCAGCUUCACCAUAAUCGGCAGCCAGUUCCCCAGCAGGGUGAACAGGGUCGUGGCUCUGCUGGGCUCUGCUCUAACGAUCGGGAUGGCCUUGACGCCGGCGAUCUGGGGCGGCUUGUUCGCCCUCGGUGGCUUCGGCAUCCCCUUCUACACGCUUGGCGUCAUCAUGCUGCUGAUGGCGGCCGUCAACCAGCGCCUGAUGCCGACCAUCGAGAAGACCACCAGUGAAUCUCAGACACAUUUGCUGAGCUCUCUGCGACUGCUGGCCGGAUCGACGGGCAACUGGGUGUGCAUGGCCACCGCGUUCAUAAUUGCUGCAGAUGUAAGUACAGUGGAUUCUGCCCUCGCUCCCUAUGCAAAUGAUGUGCUCGGUGUUGCGUCGUCACAGGUUGGUCUCUUCUACAUCGUCAGCACUACGCUAUAUGCCGGUAUGAACUUUUUCUGGGGAUCGCUGGCUGAGCGUGUGCAAAAUCGUUACAAGGUGAUGUCACCAUGUCUCCUUGUCGCCAGCCUCGCAAUCUUGUUAGUGGCUCCUUCUUCGUCAUUUGGUUUGAACCCUUCCUGGUGGGUUACAGGUCUAGGCAUGACGCUCGAGCUCAUGUUUAUUGGAGGCGCAAUAACCCCAUGUUUUAAGAUCAUGCUGGACUCCGGUAUUGAACGAGGUCUAGAGGACAGCUUGUCUACGCUGUCGUUGAUAGCCAGUGUGUAUCAAAUGACUUUUUCAUUGGGAAUAGCAGUCGGUCCUCUUUCGGGGGGCAUCAUUGUGGAUAUGUACGGAUUUCCUUGCAUGAUUAUCGUGUUGGCUUUGGCAACAGCGGCUGUUGGGGUGUUGGUUGGUGUCAAAGCGGUUUUCGUAAGUUUAAGGCACAUGUCAGCAUACAGAUGCAGAGCGUGAAUCAGCUGAGAGACAGGAAGAAUCGGAAUAAAGUCCUUGCUGCGUGUUGCGGUUUGUGGUCCGGUCGUUAGGUCGGUCCUUGUCCAGAUAGUCUUGUGUUUGAAACAUGUUGACGAACUUGUUGGCGUGUCCCGACUCUUGGUGAUAAUUUGCCUCACCUACUGGAAGCGGUUGCUGUGAAAGUGACGGAUGAUGGGUGACGGGUGACGGUGUAAGGGGGUGGCGCGGUUAGGGGUUAACUCGACACGGAUGAUAUUAUCGGAUGUCGGAACAGCGGCGACUUGCGUUUAUCCUGUGGCGUCAAUAACUCUACAUGGUGAUGCACCAUAACGACUAAUGGAUAAUAAAC